CCAAGCUCGCCUCGCCUCGCCUCGCUCCCCGCCAGCGCUGGGUCAGGCUGUCAGGCAGGCGAGGGCGCCCACCUCAGACCCACCCAGGAAGGCAGCCAGGAUUUAGAGAAGGCGGGGGGUGGCCGGCCGGCCGGCUGGCUGGCUUGGCUGACGGGACUCAUUAGGCUCACUCGCUCUCCUGGGUGCUUCAUCCUCCCCACUGCCGCUUCCACGUCCCCGUCUUCUCCUCCCUUCCACCACGUUUGCUUUUCUCCUUUGCCACCUUCCUCAGCCUCUCUUUUUCUUUAUUGCCCUUCCGCAUUCCCCCUUCCUCUCUCUCCUUUCUGCCAGUUUCCUUAGUGUCUUUUUCUUUAUUGCUUUCCACAUUCCCCCUUUCGCUCUCUCUCUAGUUUCCUUAGUGUCUUUUUCUUUAUUGCUUUCCACAUUCCCCCUUUCGCUCUCUCUCCUUUCUACCAGUUUCCUUAGUGUCUUUUUCUUUAUUGCCUUCCACAUUCCCCCUUUCGCUCUCUCUCCUUUCUACCAGUUUCCUUAGUGUCUUUUUCUUUAUUGCCUUCCACAUUCCCCCUUUCGCUCUCUCUCUCUCUCUCCUUUCCGCCAGUUUCCUUAGUGUCUUUUUCUUUAUUGCCUUCCACAUUCCCCCUUUCUCUCUCUCUCUCUCUCCUUUCCGCCAGUUUCCUUAGUGUCUUUUUCUUUAUUUCCUUCCACAUUCCCCUUUUCUUUCUCUCUCUCUCCUUUCCGCCAGUUUCCUUAGUGUCUUUUUCUUUAUUGCCUUCCACAUUCCCCCUUUCUCUCUCUCCUUUCUGUCACCUUGCACAUUCUCUUAUUCUGACCUCUUACCGCCUUCCGUUUUUUCUUCUCAUUCCUUCUCUCAAUCUUUCCCACUCAUUUUUUGUUUUUAGCUUUUACACUCCUCCCCCAACUGUUCAAUUAUCUCUUAAAAAUAUAAACUAUAACAGUUUUUCCUCCUCUGCUCACUUUCUUUAGCUUCUCAACACCCUUUGCCUUUUUUCUUGCUCCAGGAAAACCCACCUUUUCUUCUACAUUCUCUCACUUUGGAACUCUGUCAUUCUUAAUCUCAUCCCCCCUAUAACCUAUUCAUUUGAGGGGUUUCCCUCUUUCCUCCACAGUUAUUCUUUAUUUAGCUAGUUUUAUUCAGUGUCUAUUUUUACAUAUACCCACACAUAGACAUUUCAUUCUCCUUUAAAAAAAACCAAAACUCUUUUUCUUUGCGUACACAUACGUACUUCCUUCAUCUUUCUAGUGCUCUUCCUACAUUUAUACUUCUUUUGCUUCCCAAAGUCUGCCUUUUCUUCCCUUGAAGAAAUAGUCUGCUUAGAUUAUCUUCCCUCUUCUCACAUUUUUAAUGCUUUCUCUUCUUUAAAUUUUCCUUUUUCUUAGCUUUCACAUUCUACUUCUCCUGUUUGUACUUAUUCUUGUCUGUUUUUGCAUCUUCCUUGUAUUUCCCUACUCACAUCCUUUUUUAAAAAAAAGUUGUUCUCAUCUUCUGUGGUAUUUGGCUUCUUUUAUUCCUUCCUUGCUGCUUGAUCAUAUUUUUAUUUUUCCUAUAUUUAAAUUAAAUUUCUUUCAGUCCUCUCUCUCCUCCAUGCUCUUCUUCUUCCUUUCCUUAUUCUGUUCUUUUCCCUUACCUGUCUGAUUUUUUUUAGGCUUACCUGAUUGCUUCUUUUCCAGAUUCCCUUUUCCUACCUCAUUCUUCUUUUCACAGUACCCGAUUUUCUUGUUCCUUCCCCCUUAACACUUCUCCAUUCUUUUCUGCACCACCUGAUUUCUCAUUCACUCCUCUUUAUUUAUUUUCUCCCUUCUAAAAAAACCUUGCAACUUAGUAUUCCUUGUCCUUGAUAACUUCUGCUGCUUGACUUCUCACUUCCUACACGUUUGUUAAAAAGUAUCUUCUGUCAGCUUUGUUUGUUUUGUUUUACUUCUCCCUCCCUGCUUCAUUUUGGUUAAUACACCUUUCCAUCCAUCCAUUCCUCCCUCGCUUCCUUUUUUUCAUCUCACUUAUUAAUUCUGGGGCACAUACAUUUCCCCCUUACUUAAUGUUCCUUGAUUUAUUCAACCACUUUCCCUUCCAGAGGAAGUUGCUCAUAUCCAUCCAGUUUUAAUAUUAAAGGUGGAUGGAUGUAUACACAGAACAGAGAGUAGAGUUGUAGUAGGCCUUGAAAGGUUUUACGCAUUUUGAAGAGAUAAAUGAAAAGGAUGUGGGAAUGGAAGGGCUGGGCUUGUCAGUACUCCUAACAUUUUCUAGGGGGGUGAAUUCACAUCCUUUUUCUGGGGGGGAGGGGGACUGACUUAAAUUUCUAGACUGGCACUGAAGCAGCAGCGGAAGGAUGGCAUUCUAGUACCAACUACACCAGCCAUCUUGGGGGGGAAGGGAAUUUAUUGCAUGCUCACGCGUACACACAGAAGCCUCCAUUUUUCUCGACUUGAUGAAGACGUAAAGGCCUGUUGAGCUCCAUGUUUUUGAAGGUGGGCAACCUGCUUGUGAAGGUAUAGCAAGCUUCAUUUUUGUGGCCAAAUGACAGAUUGAACCAGUUGUUUCCCAACCAGAGGGCAUCAUCUUGAAUGUCUCUUUGUAGUGCCACAGCCAGCGCAAAAAUGAUGGCGGCUUACAAUGGCGGUACAUCUGCAGCAGCAGCAGGUCACCACCACCACCACCAUCACCACCUUCCUCACCUCCCCCCUCCUCAUCUCCAUCACCACCACCAUCCUCAGCACCACUUGCACCCAGGCUCUGCAGCCGCGGUACAUCCUGUACAGCAGCAUGCUUCUUCGGCAGCGGCUGCUGCAGCGGCUGCUGCAGCCGCUGCAGCCAUGUUAAACCCAGGGCAGCAGCAGCCAUAUUUUCCAUCACCGGCCCCAGGUCAAGCUCCUGGACCAGCAGCAGCAGCCCCAGCUCAGGUACAAGCCGCAGCAGCUGCUGCAGUUAAAGCGCACCAUCAUCAACACUCGCAUCACCCACAACAGCAACUGGAUAUUGAACCAGACCGGCCUAUUGGAUAUGGAGCCUUUGGUGUUGUCUGGUCAGUAACAGAUCCGCGAGAUGGAAAGAGAGUUGCACUCAAAAAGAUGCCCAACGUCUUCCAAAAUCUGGUCUCUUGCAAAAGGGUCUUCCGUGAAUUGAAGAUGUUGUGUUUUUUUAAGCAUGACAAUGUACUCUCUGCUCUCGACAUACUCCAGCCACCACACAUUGACUACUUUGAAGAAAUAUAUGUUGUUACAGAAUUGAUGCAGAGUGACCUCCAUAAGAUUAUUGUCUCUCCUCAACCACUCAGCUCGGAUCAUGUCAAAGUUUUUCUUUACCAGAUUUUAAGAGGUCUCAAAUACCUACAUUCGGCUGGUAUUUUGCAUCGAGACAUUAAACCAGGGAACCUUCUUGUGAACAGCAACUGCGUUCUUAAGAUCUGUGAUUUUGGCUUGGCCAGGGUCGAAGAAUUAGAUGAAUCUCGUCACAUGACUCAGGAAGUUGUCACUCAGUAUUAUCGAGCUCCCGAAAUCCUGAUGGGCAGCCGUCACUACAGCAAUGCCAUCGACAUCUGGUCUGUAGGCUGUAUAUUUGCAGAACUGCUAGGGAGAAGAAUAUUGUUUCAGGCACAAAGUCCUAUUCAGCAGUUGGAUUUGAUCACAGAUCUUUUGGGAACACCGUCACUGGAAGCAAUGAGGACGGCUUGUGAAGGCGCCAAGGCACACAUACUCAGGGGUCCUCAUAAACAGCCAUCCCUUCCUGUCCUGUAUACAUUAUCCAGCCAAGCUACACACGAAGCUGUUCAUCUCCUUUGUAGGAUGUUGGUCUUUGAUCCAUCCAAAAGAAUAUCCGCUAAGGAUGCCUUAGCUCAUCCAUAUCUUGACGAAGGGCGUUUGCGAUAUCACACCUGCAUGUGUAAAUGUUGUUUUUCCACUUCUACUGGAAGAGUUUACACCAGUGAUUUUGAACCCAUCACAAAUCCCAAAUUCGACGAUACUUUUGAAAAGAACCUCAGUUCUGUCCGGCAGGUGAAAGAAAUAAUUCAUCAGUUCAUUUUGGAACAGCAGAAAGGAAACAGAGUUCCUCUGUGCAUCAACCCUCAGUCUGCUGCUUUUAAGAGCUUUAUUAGUUCCACUGUGGCUCAGCCGUCUGAGAUGCCGCCAUCUCCACUGGUCUGGGAGUGAACGUGGAAGAUAUAAUGUACUACUGAAGACAUAAUGUAGCUUUCCACUGGAUUCUGGGAUUUGCAAUUCUGGAGGUUUAAUCAUUGCUUGUACUGUAAUUUUACUAAUGAAGUUUUAAAUUAACAACCACUAUCCUUGUACGAUAUAUGAAUAAGAGUUAGGAAAAGUGUUAACUAGGCUUUUGAAUCAUGUCAAGGGUGGGUUUGUGCUUUUAGAAGAAGAAAAAAAUAUUUUAUCCAGAGUUGCACAUGGGUUUUUUAAUGAAUUGUAGUGCAGCUGUGAUCUUGCUUGGCUUGGAACAAACAAAAGAUUGAACCAAAUUUGUGGGAAAGUUGCUAUUUUCUUGGUUUUUUGUUUUGGGUUUUUUUGGGGUGGGUGGUGGUGGUUUUCCUGUACUUUAUUUCUCCUCGAUUUAAAGUGAGAUUGUGUAAAGGGAUAAGAUGUUUUGAUAUUGAGCCAUUUCUGAAGGUUUUGGAUUUUUCUAAAAAAAACAAAUUAAAAAAGUUAGGGAAUACAAAACUCAACCGCGACCAAUCAUGAAGCCCCGUCAGGUAGCAGUGGCCAAGCUUCAAUGGGCAGUAUUGCCUGAUGGUCACAACCCUAUACAUAGCUUCUCACUAGCGCUGUGGUGGUGAUUGUAUACUGUUUUCCAAUCAGAUGUUGUAAGUAGAGAGAAUGAGUCGUGACUAGGAAAGCUGAGACUUCCUUUUAAACCCCCCGCCCCCGGUAUAAAUAAAUAUAUAUAAAUAUAUAUAUAUAUUUAAUCUAUUUUUAUUAGAAGUUUUUCUGCUCUUUUCUUACAUAAACCAUGCCCCUUUCCCCCUAAGCAUGCAUCUGCAAAUGUGUGUAAAUAAUUCCAUUUCUGGGCUAAUAUUUCAAAGAAUCUUGAUAUCCAUUGCUGUGUAUAGACAGAGAGAGAGAGAGAGAGAGAGAGAGAGAGAGAGCGCACGCGUGGAAGAUAAAGUAGCUUGCACAUUUUUAGGUCUGUGAAACUUUGUGAUUUUUUUUUAAACCUGCACUGGACAGUUGGGUGAAAAAGAAAUGAAAUGCGGGGAUGGGAAAGCACAUAGGGAAUUAUGUUAAUUGUAUUUGUGUCAUUAGGCAAAGCCGUGGAAGUCUUGAAAUGUCACAGUAGUAAAUACUUUUUAUUUCUUUGGGGUUAAUUCCUUUUUUUGUGUGUGUUCUGUUCAAACACUGAAUUAUUCUGUGCAUAUGUAUAUAUAUAUAUGAACACAAACUGAAGGCCUCUACCUCCUGGAGUUAUACAACUUGUUUUGUUUACCUCCACAUUAUUUUUUUUUUUUAAGUUCGGUGUGGAGACUUGAAACUUGAAUGUCCCUUCCAACUUUUAUAUUUAAAAAAAAGGCAAGAAAAAUUGAAGACUGUUUUUCACCUGUACAAAGAAAUAACAAAUGGAUGUUCUUAAAUUUUGAACAUUGGUCUGGGAUAUUAAUAAAAAUAAAAAAAACAAGAGAGAGAAACCUUGGUGUUUGUCAUGGACAAUUAACUGUUAAAGUUAUUGUAAGUUAUCUGUAUUUAGCAGAGUAUUUUCAAGAACAGUGAUCUGAGCUGGAACUGAAUACUAUUAGUUAAGUUAUGUUUUUUGGAAGUUUUAACUUCAAUGAAGUAAUUAUUUUGCUGUGAAAGAGACAAACGUUGAAUUUCUCGAACAAAGAUGAUGAAAUAUCUUUGUUUUUUAUGUGGCUCCUGAGGAAUUUUAAAAGAAGCAAAAACCAGCUGAAGCAUUUCAAUUCACUUGAAUGAGAAACGUGUUUUAACUUAAAUGAGCCCAAGAAGACACUGGUAUGAAAGGUAAAAUCUCAGAGGUUGGUCUGUUAAAUGUGGCACACUUGCGGGUCACUUUGUACAAUGUAGAUUUUGAAGUACAGUGGUGAAAACAUUAAAUGUGACAUUUGAAACAAAAAAA